CAUAGUAACUCCUCUUUUGCAAUCUACAGUUGUAUUUUAAUCAGAGGUAAGUUUUUAAGGUUUAUGGUGUGGGCUUGUCACUGCAAUGUCAAAAACUGACUAAGCUCAAUCUGCUGGAAUGGCUGAGAUGAUUAACUUAGUGUUCGAGUGAUCGCUGCAGUUCACUCAUGCGCGCCUCACCUGACCUUUCCUCUUUACCGUUUCUCUAACAGACUCGUGUCAGCAAGCGGGGCUGGACCAGUGUCGCCUUUUGAGUCCUUAAUGCUACGAAAUAGUUUUUUUUUUUUCACUUGGACCAAAAUCCAAGUGAGUACUAAAUCUUUGAAGAGUCAUGAUUCCACAUGAUCAAUCAAAAAGUCCAGGUUUCUCCAGUAUUUUCUAAAUUAAAGAAUUAUAUUCAGUGUUUAAAAUGGCUGCCAUUAGAUCCCCGUUGCUCAUCAUUCUAUAAUAUAGACUCUUGCAUCAUAAAAUCUAGUCAUAAUGUAUGUAUUGUGGCUCAACGUUCUGUGUCAGUGAUAUACGCUGAUUUAUUGUGAUGUUAAAUCUCACACAUUUAGGGGAAAUAAAGAUAAAAUUGAACACCAUAGAGUUAUUAAGAGCAGGGACCAUUGUGUAAGAUCUAUAACUCCUUCACUGGUCAAAUGCUCUGAUUGUAAUUGGUCUCAUUUAAGUGGAAAUCUUACAUGAUUUAAGGUAAAGUAUGUAUAAUUUGAGUGAGUGAAAGUACAUGCAACUUGUUUCAGCUAGUUCACUACUUCGUGGAAAAGAUUUAUGUGUAAAGAGAAUUUGUAAACCUCCACUGAUUAAACCAAAACUAUGAUUAUUUCAUAACAUUACAGUAAAAGUACAUGACUUCUAUUAGACUAGAAUUUAUUCACAACUGGAUAAACGUACUUUGGAGCUCCUCUGUAAGCCCUCAUGCUUAAAACAUGACUUAUGUUAUGUUGCUUUAUGUUCUACUAAUUAACUAUGAGCUAAAGUGAGUUGUACUUUAGAUUAUUCCAUAAUAGUUACAUGCUUCAGUAAACUGCUGCUCAUCCUUAUGGCAAUAUGUUAAUUAUUAUUUUCACUAAUAUCCUUAUUUAGCCCAGAACAAAGGUCUUACGUUCCCAGCCUCGGACUCCACUGCUGCUUUGGAGACAUCUGUAUUUGGUGAAGCAACGAUAAACCGGGAUUCGAAAAUAAGAUUUCGUUAGAAUUGUAUAGAAUUAGGGGGAAAAAUGAAUAAUUCUGUUGAGGAUUCAGGAAAUCGUGUCACCAUCAACAACCCAGCAGACAUCAUCGUAAUUCUUGGCUACUUUGUGAUUGUCAUUGGAGUUGGAAUUUGGUCAAUGUUUAGGACUAAUCGUGGCACAGUAGGUGGCUACUUCCUCGCGGGGCGUACCAUGGUGUGGUGGCCAGUAGGAGCUUCUCUGUUUGCAAGCAACAUAGGCAGUGGCCAUUUUGUUGGCCUCGCAGGAACAGGUGCUGCCAGUGGGAUUGCUGUAGGAGGUUUUGAAUGGAACGCUUUGUUCAUUGUGCUGCUGCUAGGAUGGCUGUUUGUACCAGUGUAUUUGACAGCUGGAGUGAUCACUAUGCCACAAUACCUGAAGAAGAGAUUUGGUGGGACUAGAAUCAGUUUGUACCUCUCCGUCAUCUCACUUUUUCUCUACAUCUUCACUAAGAUCUCUGUGGACAUGUUCUCUGGAGCAGUGUUCAUACAGCAAGCCCUCGGAUGGAACAUCUACAUCGCAGUCAUUGCUCUGCUUUCCAUAACAGCGCUCUAUACUGUGACAGGUGGUUUGGCGGCUCUGAUGUAUACUGACACAGUCCAGACCUUUGUGAUCAUUGCCGGAGCCUUUGUCCUCAUGGGAUUCUCUUUUUAUGAGGUUGGAGGAUACAGUGAUUUACUAGAGAAAUACAGCUCAGCUUUACCAUCGAUAAGCUUCUCCUCAGACCUACAGAGCCUUAAUAUCUCCGCACACUGUUACACGCCACGGGAGGACGCCUUCCACCUGCUGAGGGAUCCUGUGAGUGGAGACCUGCCAUGGCCUGGUGUGUUAUUCGGCAUUGCUAUCGUAGGAGGAUGGUACUGGUGCACUGACCAGGUCAUUGUUCAGCGCUGUCUGGCCGCCCGCAGUCUGACUCACGUCAAGGCUGGAUGUAUCUUGUGCGGCUACCUGAAACUGCUGCCGAUGUUCCUCAUGGUGUUCCCGGGCAUGAUCAGCAGAGUCCUUUACCCUGAUGAGGUCGGGUGUGUGUUGCCAAAAGAAUGUAAGCGAGUGUGUGGGACAGAAGUUGGCUGCUCUAACAUCGCUUACCCCAAACUGGUGGUCACUGUCAUGCCCAGUGGUUUGAGGGGAUUAAUGCUGGCCGUCAUGCUUGCAGCCCUCAUGAGCUCUUUAGCCUCCAUCUUCAACAGCAGCAGCACCUUGUUCACCAUGGACAUAUGGACACGCAUCAGACCUCAGGCCCGAGACCGAGAGCUCAUGAUAGUUGGCAGGGUCUGGGUGCUCUGCAUCGUUGCAAUCAGCAUUUGCUGGAUCCCUGUGGUCCAGGCUGCCCAGAGUGGUCAGUUAUUCGACUAUAUCCAAUCAGUAACUAGUUACCUGGCCCCACCUAUAGCAGCGGUCUUCUUUCUGGCUAUUUUUGUGAAGAGAGUUAACGAGACGGGGGCUUUCUGGGGCCUGAUGGGUGGCCUGGUCAUGGGCUUGUGCCGCAUCGGUCCCGAAUUCUACUUUGGAUCAGGAAGCUGUCUCUUUCCUUCCAAAUGCCCUCCGCUUAUUUGUGGGGUUCACUACCUGUACUUUGCGGUGCUGCUCUUCUUCUGCACUGGCAUUCUAGUGCUCCUUGUGAGCUACUGCACGCCACCUAUAGACGACAAACACCUUCAUCGGCUUGUCUUUAGCUUGCGAUACUCGAAGGAAGAGAGGAUAGAUCUGGACUGGGAGGAAGAGGAACGAGGAAGGAACGCUCGCAGAGAAGAGGAGGAAAAAAAUAAAGCUGUGUGUCGUGAGGACAAAACAGAAAAUGGGGGUAAAUCUGGACUUGCUCGUUUAAUUGCCUGGUUCUGUGGCUUAAGCGGCUCUCAGGCUCCUGAACCUACUGAAGAAGAAGUCAUAGAAGCAUCAAAAGAGCUGCCCGAUAUAAGCGAAGACCCAGUCUGGAAGCACUUCGUCAACGCUAAUGCGCUGAUCAUGAUGGCAGUGGCUAUCUAUUUUUGGGCUUUCUAUGCAUGAGAGGAACUCAUAACUUUAUCUGUUAUGUGAAAACCAUCUGUAUAAGCGCGAAAAAAACCCCAAACAACGUCACAGAUCAUACAACGCAGUUACGUGUUUCUGAAUGUAUUCAGUACCUUAUUCUAUUCUAGUAAUCUAAAAAAUGUGAACACGGCCCUAAGGCUUUGAUUUUGGACGUUUGCGUUGAUCCGAUUUUUAGUGAGAAUGAAUUAAUUCAGUAUCAAGGCCAAAGACAGACUGAAGUUCUGUCAUUAUAUUAUUUAUUAUGACAUUAAAAAUCCCCAACAAUAAUGUUAUUUCACACUGCAUUAGAGCCUGACGUACAGCAUCUUCUACCUUCUUGUAAUUAAUAAAAGAAAAACUAUGACAAGUGUA